GGUACAGAUGGGAAAAGAUCUUGAAAAUGAAGAUUCCCCCCCUUCUCCUCAAAGAACGGUCACAAUCAAACCUGUCGAUGCAAACACUUUUGAAAGUGCAUCAAAUGAAAGCAAGACAUUCAUUACAUUAGAACCAUCAACCCCCGUCGUCCCGCCGUCCUCAACACCCAAGUACUCCCCUCCAGCUGAUGAAAACUGGCCACCAGUUGUUGUUGUUGAUGAAGAAACGGGCGAGGGAUCGUUUGAAAAUGUGGAGAAUUCUAUCCUCACCUCCUUUAGAAGAAAGCAUCCUGAAAAAUAUAACGCACUGGAGAAAAAGAUGCGCCAGCCAUUGAAAGAAAAUGUGAACGAACAAUUUAAUAUAUUGAGGAAUUUACAUAAGAGAAUGGCUGAGGAUAUGCAGCAAAGCUCCAUCAUAAUUAACCAUUUAGAGGACAAAUUUGAAUGCUCAGCUGGACCUGCCAGAAAACAUGUGAAGUUUUCUUCUUUAUAAUUGUUCAUAAAGAAGUUGUGGUGAUGAAUUUGUAAAAAAUGAACUUCUUUAAGACAAAGAACUGUAAUGAUGAAUUUCACAAGGACAGAUUUUAUAAGAAUGUUACGUAGUUUAUACUUUCAAAAAAGAUUUUUUCAUCACUUUUGUUAUAUAGAUUUAAAAAAAAACUUUUAUAUUGUGUGAAA